AUGCAGAUCGCGCCCACAACCACAAUUCUCUGUGUCAUUGCUGGCUUGGAGAACCCUGAGCCGGACCCCGUUGUGCAAGUGGAAACCGAGGCCAUCGAAGUCACGCCCAAGCCAGUCCCUCCUUUUCCCGUUCCCCCCAAUCCUAAGAUCAUCGUCCUCGACGGCGAUAUCUCUUCCCGCACUGACGACGAGUGGACGGGAGGGGAUGACAACUCCUCGGAGAGCUAUAUCUUCAAUGAGGAUAUCAACGACGACGAUCAUGAUGAGCCUUCGGUCCUCAGCAUGGAUGGUGGUGAUGAUGAGGAGGGGUAUUUACAUGAGAACCGAGAGUUGUUUCCGGAGUUGACCAAGCGCGAUGUCACACCGUCAUUUGCCGCAUUCAGCGCCGAGGAGACGGGAAGGCAAUGGUGA